CGUUGUUACACGAGAAGAUAUACAGCAACUUCUAAUGCGAAUUCGUUUCCCACAGCAACUCAUUUUUAAUUCCGGUUUGAGCAGUAAACAUGGCAAAUAGGACUGUUAAAGAUGCAAACAGUAUACAUGGAACAAAUCCACAAUACUUGGUAGAGAAAAUUAUUCGUACUCGAAUUUAUGAAUCAAAAUAUUGGAAAGAAGAAUGCUUUGGACUGACUGCCGAACUUGUCGUUGACAAAGCCAUGGCGUUGAAGUUUGUCGGAGGAGUCUAUGGAGGAAAUAUCAAACCUACACCGUUCCUGUGUCUCACUCUGAAGAUGCUACAGAUUCAGCCAGAAAAAGACAUCAUUGUAGAAUUCAUCAAGAACGAGGAUUUCAAGUAUGUCCGCUUGCUAGGGGCAAUGUACAUGAGGUUGACUGGGACAUCAGUGGAUUGCUACAAAUACCUGGAACCACUGUACAACGACUACCGAAAAAUCAAGAGUCAGAACCGAAAUGGAGAGUUUGAGCUGCAACAUGUAGAUGAGUUCAUUGAUGAACUCCUACACUCUGAGAGAAUGUGUGACAUCAUCCUUCCCAGGCUUCAGAAAAGGCAGGUCCUUGAGGAGGCGGAGUUAUUAGACACACGCAUCAGCGCCCUAGAAGAGGACCUGGAUGAAGUGGAGACCAGUGACGAGGAAGACGAGGAAGACGAAAAGCCAGAGAGAGUUCAGACCCCAGAGCCCCACAGACGGAGUUACCGGGACAACGACCGCCCUCGCCGUUCGCCCUCUCCACGCUACAGACGCAGCCGUUCACCCAGACGGAGGAGCAGAUCACCCAAGAGACGAAGUCCAUCCCCCAGACGAGAGCGCCACCGCAGCAAAAGUCCCCGUCGCCACCGCAGCCGCUCCCGAGAGAGACGUCACCGCUCAAAGUCCCCAGGCCAUCACAGAAGCCACAGGCAUCGCAGUCACUCCAAAUCCCCAGAGAGGAGUUCAAAAAAGAGCCACAAGAAGAGUCGAAGAGGGAACGAGUGACCCAUUUUUGUAUUUUGUUCUCUUGGACAUUUCUUCUUUUUGACUUGGAAGCUGUGGCAAAAUGUUUACGUCUGUGUAUGGAAUCACUGGUAUUUUGUAUUUAAUUUUGGAAACUGAUUGCAUUUAAAAAAUGUUUUCAGACUAUGUUGCAGUAAAAACUAUCUCCAAUGUA